CAGCAACAUCAACAGCAGCAGCAGCAACAACAGGAGUAACAACAGCAACAGCAACUGCAACAACAGCAGCAGCAGCAGCAAUCCAUACCACAAAAAUCAGCCAAGUGAGGCUUAAUAACCCAGCGACAACAAGCAUGUUACUUUUGCAACCCAAUAGCUCCUUUAGUUCACUGUCGCCCUUUGAUAAUUUCUCCACGCAAUCCGCGACGACGACUACAACGUCGUCGGUAACCGCUGCAGCGGGACAUCAUCAUCUACAGCAGCAGCAACAUUUGCAGCAGCAGCAACAUCUCCAGCAGCAGCAUCUGCAGCAACAUCAGCAGCAACAUUUGCAGCAGCAGCAGCAACAUCUUCAGCAGCAGCAGCAACAUCAGCAGCAGCAGAUCCUCAAUACCCAACAACAACAACACCUGCUGAAAACCGAAUCACUGCUCUCCCAUGAGGAGGAUCAGUUGAUUAGCAACCUGAACGACGUGGCCGGAUCGCACAGUGAACUCUUCUCGGAUCUCUUCUUCCCCUCGGACUCGAACAACUCGCUGCUGUCGCCAACGACCAGCGGCUAUCCGGAUAAUCCCUCCGGCGAGGAUCUCACCAGCUCCAUUGAGAAUCUCACGAAGCUCACGUGCCUGCGCGACAAGCGACUCUCCUCCAUUCCCGAGCAGCAGCUCAGCUCCGAGCAGGAGCAACAGCUCUGUCUGCUCAGCCUACGCUCCAGCAGUGAUCCAGCCAUCGCCCUUCACGCCCAACAGCAGCAGCAACAACAGCAGCAGCAGCCCCUGCAGCAGCUCUCCCAGCAACAAUCCGGUUCCGGCCAAAUCCAGCUGAUCUCGCCCAUCGGUGGGCCACUGUCCUGUGGCAGCAGCCUGCCCAGCUUCCAGGAGACCUACUCCCUCAAGUACAACAGCAGCAGCGGCAGCAGUCCCCAGCAGGCAUCCUCCUCAUCCACGGCCGCAGCCACGCCCACUGACCAAGUGCUGACACUCAAAAUGGACGAGGACUGCUUCCCGCUGACGAGUGCCGCCGAAGUUAUGUCGGGCUGGAACGCCAGUCCGGCUCCUGCUCCCGCCCAGCUCCAGCAGCUGCACACGCUGCAGACACAGUCGCAGAUGUCGCACUCCCAUCCGCAUCCCAACAGCAGCAGCAGCGGCAGCAACAACAACAACGGGGGAAGCAGUGGCUACAACUACCACGGACACUUUAAUGCGGUGAAUGCAAGCGCCAAUCUAUCGCCAAGCUCAUCGGCAAGCUCGCUCUACGAGUAUAACGGGGUUUCCGCCUCAGAUAAUUUCUACGGACAGCAGCAACAACAACAGCAGCAGCAACCCAACUAUCAUAACUACAACUCACACAAUGGCGAACGCUACUCGUUGCCCACCUUUCCCACCAUUUCGGAACUGGCAGCGGCCACAGCUGCUGUGGAGGCAGCGGCAGCAGCUUCCAUUUCCGCUUCUGUGGGGCCAACGCCCGUGCGUCGUUCCUCGCUGCCCGUGCAGCGUACAGUCUCUCCCGCGGGCAGCUCCGCCCAGAGCCCCAAGCUGGCCAAAAUUACGCUGGGACAGCGGCAUCACGCCCAUGCACAUCCGCUGCAGCUGAGUUCGGCGCCCAAUUCGGCGGCCAGUUCGCCGGCGAGUGCGGCUGGGGCAGAUCUCCAGGCGGGACGACUGCUCCAGGCGGCCUCCCAGCUGUGUGCCGUUUGCGGGGACACCGCCGCCUGCCAGCAUUACGGAGUGCGCACCUGCGAGGGCUGCAAGGGAUUCUUCAAGCGCACCGUGCAGAAGGGCUCCAAGUAUGUGUGCCUGGCGGACAAGAUGUGCCCCGUGGACAAGCGGCGACGCAAUCGAUGUCAGUUCUGUCGCUUCCAGAAGUGUCUGGUCGUGGGCAUGGUCAAGGAAGUGGUGCGCACGGAUUCCCUGAAAGGACGCCGUGGACGGCUGCCCUCCAAGCCGAAAUCCCCACAAGAGUCGCCCCCAUCGCCACCCAUUUCGCUGAUAACUGCUUUAGUGCGAAGUCAUGUGGACACGACGCCCGAUCCUUCAUGCCUGGACUACACCCACUACGAGGAGCCAUCGAUGAGUGAGGCGGACAAGGUGCAGCAGUUCUAUCAUCUGCUGACCAGUUCGGUGGAUGUCAUCAAGCAGUUUGCGGAGAAGAUACCCGGCUACUUGGAUCUCACGCCCGACGAUCAGGAGCUGCUCUUUCAGUCCGCCUCCCUGGAGUUGUUCGUGCUGCGGCUGUCCUAUCGCGCACGCAGCGACGACACCAAAAUGAUCUUCUGCAAUGGCACGGUGCUGCAUCGCAGUCAGUGCCAGCGAUCGUUUGGCGAGUGGCUGAACGACAUCCUGGACUUUAGUCGAAGUUUGCACAGUCUGGAGAUUGACAUAUCAGCGUUUGCGUGUCUCUGCGCACUCACAUUGAUCACAGAACGCCAUGGCCUGCGUGAGCCCAAGAAAGUGGAGCAGCUGCAGAUGAAAAUCAUUGGCAGUCUGCGCGAUCAUGUCACCUACAAUGCCGAGGCCCAAAAGAAGCAACACUACUUCAGCCGACUGCUGGGCAAACUUCCAGAGCUGCGCUCCCUCAGCGUUCAGGGACUGCAGCGCAUUUUCUACUUGAAGCUGGAGGAUCUGGUGCCAGCGCCAGCACUCAUCGAGAACAUGUUCGUCACCACAUUGCCCUUCUAGGCAGUCCAAAAACCACAACACAACACAACAUUGCUUCCUUCAACAUAGAAACUAAGUUACAGCCACUAAGAACUAGGUAAACCAUAACUAGCUUUAGUAGAAAACCCCCCAAUAAAUAAA